AUGGCGCAAAGGAUGCCGCGAUCCGGCACACGCGCAGAAGCGAACCCAGACGCAGACGCAGACGCGCUCGCGCUAGAUGACACGGUAGAGCUCGAGCAGUUCCGCCGCUCACCCCAUCCAUACCUGCGUCACGGAGACCAAACACAGAGGCAGUCACCAGGCCCGACGCAUCGCGCCCCUCGGCCCUCGCAGUCGCGACCCUCUUCCGAGCCUCCAGGCAAGACAAUGCACGACAAGGACGGCAGGACACGCAGGAAACGGACACCGCACUCCCCGAGCGAAAGCGGCACCGAAGCCGACGACGAGGGCUACAGCCUCGUCAAGGCGCUGCCUGCUCCUCCCCUGCGACCGCACAAAGGCCUCCGCGAAUCGCGGACGUCGGGCCCAGACGAAUGGGCGAGUCCGCUGCUCACUCCCACACAGAUCGACGACGAGGGGAGAAAGCUCUUCGAGGGCUACUUCGCUCGCACCAACCGGACGAGGCGCAAGGGAGACGCAUACCAAAGCGACGACGACGAGGCGAGGAGGGCCAAGCAAAAGUAUCUCCAGCGGCGGCGCAACGAGCUGGUCAGGCGAACGACCGAAACUGCAUUGCUCGCGGGCAUUGCCACGCUCGCCGUCCGCGCCGCCUUCGAUCCUGCCACCAUCCUCUACCCCCCAAUACUGCCCGUCCUCAUUGCGCUGUCACUCUUUGCCUCAUCACCAAAGCCUCUUCUACCCAACAUGUUGCUCGGCUUAGCUGCGUUGCCAGCCAGACUUAUUCCCUUCAGGAGCGCUACCUUGGGCUACUCUCCUCUGCACUGGCUGGUCUCCAUCAUGCCCCUGAUCGCUGCCGAGAACACCGACAUACCGUCUCGGCUGUUUGCACAGACACCAUACAAACUCAAGUUACCCCCGCCUAACCAAGGUCUAGAUCCCGAACUUCUGGUGACGUUGUUUGCUCUGCAUCAAGCGCUGCUACCGCCGCUAUACUACCUCACCACUACGAGCCUUCUACCAGCAGAGCUGCACCUGCUUUCAAUUGGGCUUAUCAACCUCCUCUUGUUCUCAGACACCCCUCAAGCAGCCAUACUCGGUGUCUUACUGUGGCUAGGCGGGCUGGGGGUGUUUUUGCUCUGCGGCAACAUCUUGAAGUGGGGCGUUGCACUUGCACGCAUUCCGCGAUGGAGGCUUCGACGUGCUGGCCAAGUCAUUCGAGCUCGACAGAACUUCUUGCAGGUCUUGACCCGUAGUCUGGGAUCCAAACGCGAUGGAAGCGAUUCCUGGAAAGAUGUGAGUGACAGUGAUGCGGAUGAAGAACCCAGAUUCGACAAGCCCCUCCAAAAGACCAAGAGCCUUAAAGUCAACGUUUUAGACUCGGUCAGACACAUCAAACCCUGCAUGGAGGGCAGCGAGCCGCGGUCCGCCGCCGAAGCGACAAAGACUGGUUUUCAGCAGUCUACUUCUGCAGCAGGGUCCACUCCUAACAGUGGACGUAAGCGUAGGAAUACCCUCCCAGUCCUCGUUGCUGAAGACCAUACGUCACAGCAUCGAUAUUCGAACCGAAGACAGUCGGGAUCGAUUGUGCAGUCUUAUUUAUCGCUCACGCCCACCGAAGCCACAAUGAGGAAAUGGCUCUACGCUGGAUACUUCUACGUGAUUGUGGUAGGCCUGAUACUGGGACCAAUUCGGUAUAGUAUCGGCAAAUAUGCUCUUCACCAACACGAACCUUUUGGAUGGGCCAUCAGCUACCUCUUCGGCAAUAUAUCACGCGUGCGGUGGGAAGUGUUCACGUGGGAUUUGAACUGGUGGGUUCCUCUGCCGACAAGACGGCACGCAGAUGACAUGGCCCGACUCACACACCAUCUGUCGUUGGCGGAAUAUGUUCGCCGCAUAGUACUGGGAGAAGCGACUACGCGUCUCUUGCUGUGCGUGUACUGUGCAGGAACCAUACUCGCUGGCCUCGUAGCGGUCUUUUCGCUUUCUGCAGUGGUAGAAGUCGACACACGCAGAAAGGUGUUCCACGGCACCAUGGUGGCGAUGCUCCUGCCGACCAUCUUCAUCGACCCUUGUUUUGUUGCGCUGGCGCUUGCACUGGUACUUGCGAUAUUCCUCCUCCUCGAUCUGAUUCGCGCCUCGCAGCUUCCGCCGCUGUCCAAGCCCAUUGCCAGGUUCCUGACGCCGUACGUGGAUGGCCGCGAUCUCCGAGGCCCCGUGGUGGUGUCGCACAUCUUCCUCUUGAUUGGGUGUGCGAUCCCGCUGUGGCUAUCGCUCGCAGGAGUGGAACGGGCUGGCGACGAGCCGUGGCAAGGCUGGGAGGUGGAAGACAGGGACGUGAGUAUGGUGGCGGGAGUUAUAUGUGUGGGCAUGGGCGACGCAGCAGCAUCCCUCGUCGGGCGGCGCUACGGGCGGCGGAAAUGGCCCUGGGCAGGCGGCAAGUCCCUGGAAGGGUCCUUGGCGUUUGCAGUCGCAGUGUCGGCUGGACUCGUGGUAAGUAGAGUGUGGCUCCGCGUCGGGUGGGAAAGCGGUGCGGCAGGGCACAGGACAGAGGGCGAGUGGGCUCACGACGCAUUGCUCACGCUGGGCAAGGCGGCUCUGUGCGCGACAGGCGCAAGCCUCAACGAGGCGGUCCUCACAGGCGGCAACGACAACGUGAUCGUGCCAGUGAUACUAUGGGUGCUUGUGAGGGGUGUCAGGCUGUAG